AUGCUCGUCGAAUUAGCUCAGCAACUUGCUUGGAUCGGGGCGGCGUUGAGCCCUUCGCCGUUCGGUGAGGCAACUGCUUACUCCGAGGCUAAGAUUGCGAAGACAGACUCGGGGCCGCUCGAGUUCGAACUGGAUUUUCACUUCAAUCCGUUACAUUCAGCGGAAACCUCAUGCUGGCUUCCCCUCUUCUGCGGAGCAUCCAUAGCACAUGGGUUUCCAAUCGCAGAGCGCCAAGAUGAGAUGGGUGUAGAGGUGUCUCUGGAUAUUGCCGCCGAGAUAGCAGGUGUUCAACACGCUGUCGAGUUCGCAGGGGGCGUCGUCAUGAAAGGAUUCUCCUCCAUGUUGGUCCCGAUAAGACGCCAGGAAGAUCGAAUCCAGUGGCAUCUUCUCUCCAGUCUCGACCCUGAAACUCGUCUGUCGUACCGAGAAGUUCUGGACCGUUGCCCAAACCGAGCUACACUGGAGGAGGUGAGUCUGGAGAGUCUCCGCGCAACUCGUGCCAUACUUGGUUGGUGCAGCGCAGCAACCUCCCUUUUGGGUUCCAAGACGGCGAACUACGAAAACAUAGCCUAUUCUGGGGCUGAGGAUGCCGCAGCGGCGCUGAGUAUCACUGGAGGGGUAUUUGGAAUCUCGCAGUUCGGUGUCGCCCAGGCCAAUGUCACCAUUUUACCCAAAUGGAAACACUGUUACAAGAGGAGCGGUACGUACAACACCAUUAUUUCCGAUGCCGAGAAGACCCCGGUCGUGCUUUAUGAUACCGGCGAGAAACGAGCAUGGCUUGUACCAGCCUCUAGUGUUAUGCUUCACAUGGCGCAUCACCGCAACUGGAUAGAACCUUUCCAGGUCAACGGCAAGCGGAUCAAACUGGGCACGGUAGGUCCCACGGGACCGUAUGCUAAAGAAGUACUUCUAAACAACGCCCUCACCAAUCUCUCGGACUUGGAAAGCGAGCCGUACACCUUCAAGGACAUGAUUCUCAACAUCUGGUCGAUUCUUGAAUUUCUCUUAGCGGAGCAGGUAGAAAGAGACCGAAACCCGGGAUUAACGGUCAAUGGUUCUCUGCAGGAUGUUGUUAAGGGUGUCGAAUUCAAAGCUAUCGUGCAACGGCGGUCGCCCGUUAGACAAAAGCAAGCAACCAUCCAGAAGACCAGCGGGGGCUGGCCGGCUCUCGUACGGGAUAUCGACGCUCUAGUCCUCUUUGCGGAUGGUUACGAGGACGUCAUACAACCUCUAAUGGGAAACUGCGAGGGCCUGUGCCACAUGUGGAAGAGCAUGCCGAGAGGGAAAGACUACCUGGCGACCCGUGUGGGGACCUUGGAAGACCUCCGCGAUGUUGCUGGUCCUCACCUGGGCCGCACAUAUCUGAUCUCAACUCGUCUACAAUGGCACCGGGGCAAUUCAUCGCUAUUUGAACCAUGCAAAACACCGCAAGCAUUUCGCUGUCAGUGCGAACGCCUACAGCGAAUAGUUCCGAACUCCGCCGUUGGCCGAAUCAUCCCGCCUGGAUAUCUCGUUGAUGACGGUGCGGUGAUAUUCGGCCAAUCCAACAAUUUCAUUCGGGACUUCGUGACGGCGCCGCAGCGGCAGGAGAGCAGCGGCAUCUACAGCCAACCGAACGUCAAUAUCGCGCUGCCUUCCUCAAUCGACGACGUUGACGAGAUACCACCAUUCCUUGGCUUGGACAGAGAAUCGCCCUCUCGAAGCGGCUCUGACGGGACACAAUCCCCGCCAACUUCUAGCACCGCACAUCGUACAUUACCUUACGAGGGCGUCGCCGCUAGCAUGCUGAUGGAUACGAGUCGACCGUCUACUACCUCACCAUGUGUAACCAAUAAACGGAUUUAUGAUCUCAACAUCGAAGCUCUGCCAGGCCGGAAGACGCAUAACCUCUCGCUCAAGGCCCAAACCAAGACAGCGAACGUUGGGGGGUCUGACAAUAAGCAUGACCUGGACCUGCAUAGAGAGGCAUUGUGCCGUCGAACGCUUUGUCCGUCGCCUUCUCGAUUUGAGGAUGCUAUGGGCCACGAUGUGGCAACCCAACCGCAAUCUCUCCACACGGACAAGCAUGCUCGAGUAGGCGAGUGGCGCCAAUCCAGCGAGAAAACUCAAGCGGGCUCCCCAGAUGUGUCAGUGACUACUUCCCAAAAGCCCGAUCUCCCGCACGGGGAUAACAACCAUGAACGGCGAUCCGUGGCGAUCCGAAUACCAACUCAGACUAAAGAGGUCGAACCCCAUGCUCUCGAUCCCGGUUCAGUGCCUCUAAUAGCCGACGACACGGCAUUCGAAAAAUAUACUUUGCCGCCUCAAGAGUUCGACGUUACAGGCCAGGGAGAUGACCCGCCUUCGAACAACCAGGCGAAGCAUCCUUUGAGACGGCAGCGGCGUUUCUGCCGGUUUGAAAAGCAAGCGGAAAGGGAUGAUCAUGGGUGUAGUGGUACUGUGGCAUUGGUUGAAGGUGUUGUGACUCUAUCUGGCGGCGUAUAA